AUGUAAUAAAUUGAAUUUCUGCUUCCAAACAGAAACAUUUUCACAUAUCAAAUUUAAAAUUAAGAUCAAGUUUAUUACAGGAACAUUUCUAAAGGUAAUAUUAAAUAAUAAUUUUUUAGAUUUGUAAUUAGAUUGCUCUGAAGAAUUUGUAGCAUUAUAUGAUUUGACUAAAAAAAAUAUAGUAAGUAAAUUAUAUCAUAAGUAAUCUAUUUAUUAAAAACUUUAGAUUAUGCCCAGAAAAACAAUAUAAAAUAUUUUAUAUGAAUUUAGCAAUUAACAUAAUUAAUGGCUAUGAGUAGAAUAUAUAGAAAUUAAAUGAUGAAAUUACAAAGUUAAAAGUAGAAAACAAAGAUUCAGUCAGACGCAAAAAUAAAAAAAAUUAAGAAAUAAAUCAAUCUUAUCAAGCAAGUUGAGAAAAAAUUAAAAGAAGCUGAAAAAGAUUUAAAAGUGAAGUAUAUUCUUUUUAAUUUAUUCAGCAACUAUCUAUUGGGAUGAUUUAUCAAAUUAAGAAUUAUUUUCACAUGUUCUCGUUAUCACUAUAAUAGGGGAAAAAAAGGCUUUUUACUAUUUGCCUAUUUACUUUGUGAACAUAAUGCUGAAUUUGUUUGGACUUAAGAUUGGACCAAAGGUUUUCUAGGAAUUCUUUAUGGAAUAACUGUAGGAUUAUUUAGCAUAUUUUAUGGUUUUUUGA